AUAUUAUUUUAUGCAUUUUUUUAUCAACUUUGAUUUUUUUCUUUUGGAUGCACCACUUGUCCACCUUUUUCUCCUUUCAUCUCAAAUCUCUCUCCCCUCUCUCUCCCUCCCCCUCUCUCUAACAGACUUGCCAACUCUCUCCCACCUUCAUCUCUCUCAAUCUCUCUCCCUCCCUCUCUCCUUCAUCUCUCUCCCUCUCUCCCAUCUCUCUCCCUCCCUCUCUUCAUCUCUCUCAAUCUCUCUCCCUCCCUCCCAAUCUCUCUCCCCUCUCUCCCUCCCUCUCUCUCUCUCAAACCAUCCAUACUAGCUAGCUCCAUAACUCUGAUGCUCAUACCUCAAACCCACCCACCUCACCACACAAACUAAAAACCCAAUCUCUCUCCCCACCAUGCCACCACCUCUACUCCUCCCCCUCAUCCUCACCCUCCUAAUCACCUCAACCCCCACAAUCUCCCAAGAUCUCGAAACAGAAUGCACAGAUCAGUGGAUCUACAUCAGACAACUCCCCUCAAUCUUCAACCUAGACCUCCUCACCAACUGCUCACAAUAUCAAACAUUUGACAACUUUUGCCCCUACAUCUCAAACCAUGGCCUUGGCCUUAAAACACACAACAACUCACACUCUUGGUUCAGGACAGACCCUCAUAUGCUUGAACUCAUCUUUCAUCGUCGUCUCCUCGAAUAUCCAUGUCUAACCAAUGAUCCCUCCAUGGCCUCAGCAGUCUAUGUUCCUUAUUAUGCAGGGAUUGAUGCUCUUAAGUACUUGUACGGACAAGAACAAAAUUUCAGCUUUCUACAUGGGCUUGAAUUGUAUGAUCAUAUUCGAAAUGUGGAUGCACCAGAGAUUUGGAAUAGGCACAAUGGGCAUGAUCAUUUCUUGAUUAUGGCGCGACCUGCGUGGGAUUUUAGUCAGCCGUUGUCGAAUGAUCCGCCAAUUUGGGGAACUUCAUUUCUUGAAUUGCAAGAAUUUUACAAUGUGACUGCAUUAACUUUCGAAACUAGAGCUUACCCUUUUCAAGAAAUGGGGAUUCCUUAUCCAACUUCGUUUCAUCCGCCGAAUUUAGCUCUUUUCAAUUCGUGGGUCACUAGGGUGAGGAGAUCAAGGAGGGACACUUUGAUGUUGUUUGCAGGUGGUGGUGGGAUUUCUAAUAAUCCGAAUGUGAGGCGAAGCAUUCGGUUAGAAUGUGAGAAUAGUACUAGUUUGAGGAAUGAAAGUUAUGGGUACUCGAAUUUAUGUAAUUUUGUGGAUUGUUCUAAUGGGGUUUGUGAGCAUGAUCCUAUUAGGUUUAUGAAGCCAAUGUUGCAGGCUAGCUUUUGUUUGCAACCUCCGGGUGAUACGCCAACAAGACGUUCAACAUUUGAUGCAAUUCUGGCAGGUUGCAUUCCUGUUUUCUUUGAGGAAUUGUCUGCAAAAUUGCAGUAUGGGUGGCAUUUGCCUGAGGCUGAGUAUGAGGAGUUUUCAGUGUUUAUACCGAAAGAAGAUGUUGUGUUUAAAGGGCUUAAGAUUGUGGAUGUGUUAACAAGCAUCCCACGAGCUCAAGUUCGGAGAAUGAGGGAAAAAGUUAUUGAGAUGUUACCUAGAGUAAUAUAUAGAAAGCAUGGAAGUUCACUUGGUAUGAGAGCAAAGAAAGAUGCAGUGGAUAUUGCAAUUGAGGGCACCUUACAAAGGAUCAAAUCUAGACUCCAAGAAGUCGAAGUUCAGUGAACCUGUAAGUAGUUCUGUACAUUUUUAACUAAUUUUGCAAGUCUUAUUCGGUGAGGAUUGGGGAGGAGGGGUAUUUAUUAUCAUUCUUUGCACCAUAUUUAUUGAGAACAAGGUGUAGAUGGAUUCUGUUUUUCCACUGAUAAUAUAUCUGGCAGGCUUUUCUACCUUC